AGUUUAACAAACUUUCAUUCACUUUAUUAAAAAAUUAAUUAAUUUUUAAACAAUUUUAUCGAUCAUUUAACAAUUAUUGUUUAUUUAUUGAACCAGUAAUGAGUUAAUAAAUUUGUUAAACAUAUAAUUUUGGACAAAAAAUAGGUAAAUAAUUACUAUCCAUAUUUUCAUUGAGAUGAUACAAUUAUUAAUCCACAACAUUAUAUUGAUGACUAAAAGACAAAAACUACUAUUUACUCGGAAACAGUUCUUUAAUGAUGAAAAAGCAAUAACUAAGACGUUGAUAAUUUAAUGGUAACGAAUGCAUUUGGAGCUGCAAGUAUAUGCAUUUUAAACAAUCUUAUGUCUUCCAUUUCUAUAUGUAUAUUUAUAUAAUUAUAUAUAUUAAUUAUUUUUGAAUAUAAAAUAUAAUAAAUGAAUGUACAAAAAAUGUCUGACUCUACGACACCAGAGCAGUCAACGAAUGAUACUACAAUAGCAGCUAGUGAUGAUGAAAAUCGGUCACAGGCAUGCAUAGAUGAGAGUUUCCAUAGUUCAAACUCUGAUUUAUCAGGUCAUUCUCAGUUAUAUAAUGCUCAAUGUUUUGAAAAUAAUAAACAACCAUAUAACACACUAGAUAUAAAUUCGACAAUUGAUAAAAUUGGUGAUUUGAGAAUACCAAUUGUUGGUUAUGAGGUGAUGGAAGAGAGAGCAAGGUUUACAGUUUAUAAACUUCGUAUAGAACAUAAAGACGGAGGAAGUUGGUUUAUUUUUAGAAGAUAUACAGAUUUUGUGCGUUUAUUAACACAGUUGCGUAGACAAAAAUUACCAAUAUCGCAUUUGUCAUUGCCAGGGAAAAAAUGGAUUGGAGAUAAUUUUGCUCCAAGUUUUCUUGAAGAUCGAAUUAGAAGACUUCAGAAAUUCGUAGAUGCAAUAUUGAGUACACCAACACUAAUAGAAAAUACAAGUGUUCGUGAAUUUUUUUGUUUAGAUGAACCUCCCGCACUUUCUGAUACUGCAGAUGAAGCUAGAGCAAUUGUUGAAUCUUUAGAGGACAAUAUAUAUCAUCUAAAACAACAACUAUAUGAUCGUGAAAUUGCACUAGCAGCAGCCAAUUCUGUUUGCAAUGAACUUCGAACAAAACUACACCAAAUAAUUGAGCGAAGAGUAUGUCCAAGGUGUGGCGAAUUUAUUGAUUUUUCUGAAAUAUAUCAAUGACAAGAACUCCAAAGUGAAUUAAUAUUAUGGUAGCAUAAUAAUAAGGAUAAAUUUAUAAUACAUAUUAUUAUUUCAAUGCCUUUGUGCCUUCAAAAAAACAUUGUUAAAAAUUUCAUUCAAUAUAUUUAUAUGUUUAUAGAUUUAAAAAAAUUAUAG